GGAACCGAAUUUAUGAAACUAAUACCUGUCAUUCCUACUUUCUUUCUGGGUAUCACUAAGCACUAUAAGUAACCAUUUAAAUCAUAUCAUUAUUAUUGUUAUUUAUUUAUUAUUGUUUCUAUUCCUCUUUUUUCUCACUUCCUCUCUUCUCCUUCGACAUUCAUUCAUUCGUUCAUUCAUUCCUGUGUGAUCUUUCUGUUCGCGUUGCAUUCCAAGGGUGAAAAUGGCUGAUGCAAAAGCAGAUGCACCCUUGGUGCCAUCAUCAUCUAGGAACCUUCCUGAUUUCAAGAAAUCCGUUAGAUUGAAGUAUGUCAAGCUUGGUUACCAUUACCUAAUCUCCCAUGGAAUGUACUUAUUCCUUUCCCCACUUGUGGUUCUGAUUUCUGCACAGCUCUCCACUUUCUCCUUACAAGACCUCCAUGAUCUGUGGCAGCAUCUGCAAUACAACUUGAUUUCUGUUAUUCUUUGCUCGACCCUCCUUGUGUUCUUGUCCACCCUUUACUUUUUGACUCGCCCUCGACCUGUGUACCUUGUCAAUUUUGCCUGCUACAAGCCUGAAGAAUCCCGGAAAUGCACGAAGAGAGUAUUUAUGGAGCACUCCCGGUUGGCUGGCACCUUCACUGAGGAAAAUCUUGCCUUCCAGCAGAAGAUCCUUGAGAGAUCUGGUCUGGGAGAGAACACUUACCUUCCGGAAGCUGUUCUCAACAUUCCUCCCAAUCCUACGAUGAAAGAAGCUAGAAAAGAAGCUGAGACUGUGAUGUUUGGAGCCAUUGAUGAGCUGUUUGCUAAGACCUCUGUAAAUCCUAAAGACAUUGGGAUUCUAAUUGUGAAUUGCAGCCUGUUCAACCCAACUCCAUCGCUUUCAGCAAUGGUUGUCAAUCACUACAAGCUUCGAGGGAACAUAAGAAGCUACAACUUAGGUGGGAUGGGAUGCAGUGCAGGGCUAAUCUCAAUUGAUCUUGCUAAAGAUCUUCUCCAGGCCCAUCCUAAUUCCUAUGCACUGAUCAUUAGCAUGGAGAAUAUCACACUGAAUUGGUAUUUUGGAAAUGAUCGAUCAAAGCUUGUUUCUAAUUGCCUGUUUCGUAUGGGAGGAGCUGCAGUUCUGCUGUCGAACAAAAGCUCCGACAGAAGACGAUCCAAAUACCGAUUAGUCACCACUGUUCGCACUAACAAGGGUGCUGAUGAUAAGUGCUUCAGCUGUGUCACCCAAGAAGAAGAUGAAGCAGGCAAGAUUGGUGUUACUUUGUCAAAGGAUCUGAUGGCAGUUGCCGGGGACGCGUUAAAAACCAAUAUCACUACAUUGGGGCCUCUUGUACUUCCUAUGUCCGAACAGCUUCUAUUCUUUGCCACAUUAGUUGGAAAGAAACUCCUGAAGAUGAAGAUCAAACCUUAUAUCCCUGAUUUCAAGCUAGCUUUCGAACAUUUCUGCAUCCAUGCUGGAGGUAGGGCUGUUUUGGAUGAACUGGAGAAGAACCUGCAGCUAUCUCCUUGGCAUAUGGAGCCAUCGAGGAUGACACUUUAUCGAUUUGGAAACACCUCUAGCAGUUCACUUUGGUAUGAACUGGCAUACACAGAGGCCAAAGGAAGGAUUAGGAAGGGAGAUAGAACAUGGCAGAUUGCAUUUGGCUCAGGAUUCAAGUGCAACAGUGCAGUAUGGAAGGCUCUCAAGACCAUCAACCCUGCUAAGGAGAAGAACCCUUGGAUGGAUGAGAUACACAAAUUUCCAGUGGAAGUUCCAAGGGUAUCUGCCAUCUGAAGGAUGGAAUUUUUAAAUGUUGUGUAUCACCAUUAGGUGUUAGUUGUAAGUUAUUUUUCCUUCUGAUCUACUGUAAAACUUGUGUUUUCAAAGUCAUGUUCAGAUUUAGGAGUUCUAUUUUGCUUUGGGGCAUGUUAAAUCUAAUUGGUGCUUGAGCUUU